GAAAGGUACUUCAACUUUCAGGUCUUUCUUCUUUCUUGACGUGGAUGGUUGUCUCUGUUUUCCAUGUCCAAAAGCACUUAUUUUUCUUGGUUUUUUUCCUUCUUUCUACCUGUAAGGCCCGUUUCUGAUUCUCUUUGUUUUGGUUGGUUCGACUCAAAAUCUUAACUUUGAUCUAAAAUUUUCAUCUUUUUUCUCUCCCAUAUGAGUUUGAGUUUUGUAUAAAGAAAGAUGGCUUAUAACUACCAAGGUAACUUCAACAAUAAAAUCGAUUAUGUGUUCAAAAUAGUGUUGAUUGGAGACUCAGCGGUUGGAAAGUCUCAGCUUCUCGCUCGUUUUGCAAGAGAUGAAUUCAAUUUAGAUUCAAAGGCCACGAUUGGUGUUGAGUUCCAGACAAAAACUCUUGUUAUUGAUACCAAAAAUGUCAAGGCUCAGAUUUGGGACACUGCUGGUCAAGAACGGUAUCGCGCUGUUACAAGUGCAUACUACAGAGGUGCAGUGGGGGCAAUGCUGGUCUAUGACAUAUCUAAGCGUCAGUCGUUUGAUCAUGUAGCCAAAUGGUUGGAGGAAUUGCGAGGACAUGCAGAUAAAAAUAUUUUGAUCAUGCUUGUAGGCAACAAGUCUGAUCUGGGGAACCUUCGAGCUGUACCUACUGAGGAUGCGAAAGAGUUUGCUGAAAUGGAAAACCUGUUCUUUAUGGAGACAUCAGCUCUUGAGUCAACUAAUGUUGAAACAGCUUUUGUCACAGUCUUGACAGAGAUUUAUCGAGUUGUUACCAAAAAGUCUCUUGUCGCCAAUGAUGAAUCUGAAUCCGGUGGCAGUGCAUCGCUUCUCACGGGUACCAAGAUUGUUGUCCCUGGUCAGGAGCCAGAGUCUGGGGGAAGGAGUUUCAGCUGUUGCACAUCAUCAUAGGAUAUUCUUCUCCUUCCACCUACCGCAUACAGGUCACCACUGUUUAUAGCUUCUGGAAUUUUUUUUGCCUUCAUUCAAGGUUUUACCCUCCUUCCCAUUUGCAUAAAAAAAUUCCAAGGUGAUGUGAUGUGAUGAAUUUAAGGGAGAAGCAAACUUGUUUGCAAAACGAAACUAACUUUUUCACGAUUUAAGCUGUGUUUGGUAGUGGAAAUACACAAGUUGCCUGUAAAUUAUACAUGUAAUCCAAUCGAUUGGCAGCAUUUCCUCCAUAAUAUGAAUUUCGAUUCAGAUAGAAUACAUUGCUUGUGCGAUAA